CAGCAUCCGCGAUCAUGAUCUCGGCUGGCAGUAGAGAGAACUGCUUUGCGUUGCGACAGAUUUUCCGAGAUUUAGAUAUAACUUACACGUCGGACGAGAAGCACGGAAAAUCGGUCGGGAAAACGCGCGUUCCAAGGGUGCAUUUUUACAUCAUAAUGGAAACUAUCAACAAGGGAAAUCAAACGAACAUUAAAGUGAAAAACAACUUCAGUAUCGAGCACCUGUUGGCGAAGCCCGAUAAUCAGAAUCACAGUGUGCAAAGUCAACCUAGUAGUGAUCCAAGAAUCGUAAGCUUUGGACACAACAGUGAUAUCAGUGAUGGAGGAAAUCAGCAUGGAGAUAAAAUGGGAAACGAUCAGUUCAUGGAUGGUGCCACUUCACCGGAUUCAAGUUGUAACGAAGAAUUAACGGAUAACUGCAGUGAAGCGGCGUCGGAAGAGAGUGGAACAGGAGCAAACGACGAUCGCAAGAAGCGCCCAAGAACAGCAUUUUCCGCGGCCCAAAUCAAAGCCCUCGAAACGGAAUUCGAACGGGGCAAGUACCUGUCCGUAGCGAAGCGCACUGCCCUGGCCAAAUCGUUACACCUCACGGAGACUCAAAUCAAGAUCUGGUUCCAGAACCGUCGGACCAAGUGGAAACGCAAGUACACAUCGGACGUUGAGCAGCUUGCCUCCCAUUACUACUCCCAGCUUGGCAUUGGAAACUUUGCCCGGCCUAUGGUCGUCGGUGAUCGGCUGUGGCUCUUCAGUCAAACUCCCGGCGGACCCGCGCAUGUCCAAUCGCUCCUGCUGAACGCCCCUCCUCACAUGACCACAACCCAUCCGAGUCUUCGGCAUUUCCAGCCAAUUUCACCAAACCAACCAACGCCGUCGGCAUCCCAACCACAGCCGCCAUUUGCCACCAGACCCAGCAAUGGCUACACCGUCAGCUACCUCCACAAACCGAUGGGCCCGACCACGUUCCCAAAUAGACUUCCGACCAGCUUCAAACCCAUUUCCCUCGAAGAUCCAUCCGGCAGCUACUAUAAAGGACCACCAGAGCUUAUGGAGGGAUAUUAUGGAACCAUGAGGAAAUUUGGCCCUACAGAACUCGUCAGCGGAGAUCUUUCCCCAGUGAGCACUGGAUCGGGAAUUGCCGAUUUGGAGCGGGCAUUUGGGAAUCCAAGCAGUUUGCUCAACGAUCACCAGAUGGGAAAGAGUCCCGAAGGCCAUGCGGGACAAAAUUUGGAUGGUGAUUCCGUGACCAUCGGACAACAAGCUGGGACAGUGGUCGAGACUUAUACCGAUUCUUCCAGUGAGAUUGACUGCGAAGAAGUGGACGAUAAGGACUAAGGUUGCUAGUUUUAGGCUAUUUCGAAUGUUGCAUGUUAAUA